AUGCAUUUCAAAAUUUACUUGUUAAGCUGGGCGCUUGGGCUCAGCAUAUGUUGUUGCCCUGUCGGCUAUUAUACUGUACGGGACAAUCCGGCUUGUUUCACUUUUUUGAGAGCCAAAAAUUUCGAAGAUGGUGUGGAGAAAUGCCGGAACGCCAGCGGCAUCCCCUACAAAAUCCCAAACAUCUUCGUCAAUAAAAAUCUAUACUUGUGGUCGAAUUCGUCGACGAGAGUGAUUGCGGAUGAAUAUUAUCUGGGUAUCCGACGUCGGGAUGAAGUGUGGCUGUAUUGGGACGGGAGCCGAGUUGACUACUUACAUUGGGGACCAGCGACCUCAAAUCUCAAUCGUACAGUCGGGGCCCGGCAGGAGCCGCCGGACCACCGUGGGAACCCCCCGCUAUACGAAGAUGCAAAUGCCCGCCAUGGCCUA